AUGGCUGCCUCUCUACCUCACCCAAAGAUUGUCAAGAAGCACACUAAGAAGUUCAAGCGUCAUCACUCUGACAGAUACCACAGAGUCUCCGAGAACUGGAGAAAGCAAAAGGGUAUCGACUCUGUCGUCAGAAGAAGAUUCAGAGGUAACAUCUCUGAACCAACCAUCGGUUACGGUUCCAACAAGAAGACCAAGUUCAUGUCUCCAUCUGGUCACAAGGUUGUCUUGGUCUCUAACUUGAAGGAUUUGGAAACUUUGACUAUGCACACCAAGUCUUACGCCGCCGAAAUUGCCCACAACGUCUCCUCCAAGAACAGAGUUACUUUGUUGGCUAGAGCUAAGGCUUUGGGUGUCAAGGUUACCAACGCUAAGGGUCGUCUAGCUUUGGAAGCUUAA